AUGACUACUGAAAAGUGUUUCGCCAAAGAUAAGACAACCGGAAGUGUUGCACCUGAUCCAGUGCCCGAAGGCCGCAUCAGACUGUACAGCAUGAGGUUCUGCCCCUUUGCGCAGAGGGCCAGACUGGUGCUGAAUGCCAAAGGGAUCAAGUAUGACACCAUCAAUAUUAACCUGAUGGACAAGCCUGACUGGUUCCUUGAGAAGAAUCCCCUUGGUACUGUCCCAACACUGGAGACACCUGCUGGUGAGGUGGUGUAUGAAUCUCCUAUCACAUGUGAAUACCUGGAUGAGGUCUACCCUGAGAAGAGGCUGCUACCUUCCAACCCGUUUGGUAAAGCUCAACAGAAGAUGAUGCUGGAGCAAUAUUCCAAGAUAAUGCCAUACUUCUACAAGAUCCCGACAGGCAGAAAGAAUGGUGAGGAUGUUUCAGGACUGGAGGCUGAACUGAAAGAGAAGUUUACCAAAUUAAAUGAGGACCUGGUUAAUAAGAAGACCAAGUUCUUUGGUGGUGACUCUAUCACAAUGAUUGAUUACAUGAUGUGGCCAUGGUUUGAGAGACUGGAGAUCUUUGAAGUGAAACACUGCCUAGAUCACACACCGGAGCUGAAGAAGUGGUCAGAGCGCAUGUUAGAGGACCCUGCUGUCAAAAUCACCAUGCACAGCACGGACACCCACAAGGCCUUCUACGAGAAUUACGUUGAUGGGAAACCCAACUUUGACUACGGCCUGUAG